AUGCCUCAAAUGAACCCGUAUGCCUCAAAGCGGGCCCCGAAGGGUUCCUCGAAAACCAUUCGUCCAACAACCCCCGAUUCCAAUACUCGACGGCUGUCCGAGACGACCUUCAAGUCGGAACACCAAUCACAAAAGCAAAGUCAUGGCCGCGUGGGGGGCCCACUGCCGCCACAACGAAAAAGACGAGCUUCAACGUCCUCCGUUUCAAGUGUCUCCUCAGUUUCUUCCAUUGACGAUCUUGAUCUGGAGGGGUUGAGUGACGAAGUUGAUGAGUCGGACGACGACGCGGACGAUGAAGAAGAACGGCCGCGAGCCAUGGUUCAGGCAGCCCGUCGUCCAUCCACGGCCCGAAAGACGGGCCCCUCAGCUGCCAAAGGGAAGCGAAGACGACUCUCCGAUGACAAGGCGUCGGACAAUCACUUCAUUAGCGACCCAAGCGACUCGGAAGAUAGCUCAGACGAUGUCUACGCCGCAGUGGAUGACAUUUCCGACGACGAGGAGGGUGACGUGGAGAAAAUGGAAGAGCUCAUGAUCAUGGAGUCCGAGAACAAACACCGGGUCCUACCUUCUUCGGAAAUCUCGGAGAGCCAAUGGCUUGGGUCGGAAAUGUUUGGCGACUCCAUGCUGCUCCCUGCGGCCUCCUUCUUUGAUGAGGAGCAGCUCUACAGUGCCAUGGACGCAUUCGGCGAGACCGACAUGGCCAGUGAGGCCCAGGAGACCCCGGUGGCCCGCCGUGUUCACUUUGAGGAACGCUCGGAUUCAUCCUCCGACAGCGAUUCCCACUCUGACGAUGAGAUCCCUAGCGACUUUCUUCAGCAGGAUGCUCUCGACCCUCAGUUGCGUCGAAUGAUUGAGAGCGACCACAACGAUCACUACCGCAGUCAUCGACAAAGAUCAGAAGAAAUGUAUGGGGACGCCGACUAUGGCCAUGGCAACAUUUAUCAUGUCGAAUCAGACGGAACGUCCGAGGGCAGCCUCAGCGGUUAUGAGACCGACGAUGGUGACACUACAGACGAGGAUUUGCCUCCCCCCGCGACCAUCACUCAUCCCCGCUCCCUACUUCGCCGGGACUCCACCGACUCGUUGGUUGCUCCCGGCGAAGAUAAGACUAACCCCGUGCCUCGUCGACGUGGUCCAAUCAUGGGAACAUUCGUGGCCGACCCCAAUAAGCCUGUCGCACUCGUUGACUGCACUGGAAAACAUCUCGUGAUCAUUCCCGCCUACGCCUCUUCCCGCCACGACUGGCUGGAUUCCGCUGCAAACAGUAUGCCUGGGACGGCUAACAACAGCCCGCGCCAAACGACGCUGCAUUUGAUCGACGAGAGUGACACCGAUGCUUUGGCCUCUCCUAGUCACACAGAUUUCAGUCCCAUGCUGGCCUCCAGCGCCAACCUGAUGAUGACUGCUCUCGGCAACGAUCUUGCCCCCGGAGGGCAGGUCAUGGGUCCACCCGAGGCCUUCUACCCCUCUCAGGACUUUGCCAUUGACAGCUCCUUUGAGGAUGAUGAUGAAGAAGAUCCGGAAGCGGCUCUCAACGUUGAUGACUUCAUCGACUUUGGCAAUGGCUCCUCUGAUGAGGAGGACAACGAUCAGGACAAUGAUACCUUCAACGGCUUCGAUGAUGAGGCCUUUGCGUCCCCAAUGGCCAAUUCACCGAGGAACCCCACGGGCACCCCAACUCCUUCUCGGAACUCAGAGUCUGGAGGGGUCACCAGCGCUGAGCGAUUCCUCAAUCAUCUGGACAAGGGUAUUGUCACUGCCUUCCGUCGCAACCACAAUCGCUAUCAGGCGCUUCUUCGCCUGCCCCAACAUCGUGAAUUCAUGCCUGCCAACUCCCCCGCGCGUCCUGCCAGUGUCUUCCGGCACGCGCGGCACCAGGAAGUCCGUGCUCCGGCUCGGAAGCGCAAAGCGAGUGGUUAUGCAGGUGGUGAAGCUGUACGACGGAAGCUCAUGGAUGCUCAUCGCCGAAGCCAGCUUCCGUUCUGA